AUGUCUGAAUCUUCAUGCUGGGUAGAUGAACUCGAACGAUCGAUCAAUAAUUUGAAGCUGGAAGUAUAUGACUAUGAUAACUUUGAAAAUUUUAAUUUAAUUGGCGAAGGUUCUUUUGGCAAAGUUUAUAAGGCCGUUAUUAAGACCACGAAAAUGACCGUGGCAAUGAAAAAUAUAAAUGUUGAUAACAAAGAAGCCGCCGAAGCAUUUAUUAAUGAGUUAAAAUUGCAGCAGGCGGUUAACAAACACAUUAAUAUCAUUCGAUUUUUUGGUAUUUCUCGAAAAGAGUGCCGAAAAGAGGAUCCUAAAGAAAGACCUAAUAUUCAUGAGGUUCUUGAUAAAUUACAUUCAUUAAAGGAUACAUCCACAAUAACUACCAUUAUAGUCAACAGCGAUGGUAAUAUAGGAGACAGCAAACAACUUGGUCUAACUUUCGAUGUCCUUGACAUAGAAAACUACUAUAAUAACAAUGACCCUGGUAUAGAAAACGACGAUGGUAAUAAUGAUCCUGAUAUAGAAAACAGCGUUAGUAGCGACCUUUGUAUAGAGGACAGCAGCGAUGUUAACUUUAAUAGUGAUGACGUUGCACAGAAUUCAGAAUUGCUCACAGCACUAAUUACUGUGGUAAGGAAUGAACUUAAUAGUGGUAUAAUGACCAAAAAACGUCUGAAAGAAUGCAUCCAAGAAAACAUAGAUAGCAAACAAAAAACUUUGAAAGAACUCCUUGUUUAUUUACAAAACCAUUCUCAGCAAGAACCUAAUUUUAGCGAUGCUGCUACGAGUCUGGGAGAGGGACUAUAG